UUUCAAUCUUUUUUCAUCAAAGAUGAGUAAUCUUUCUACUUUUUUGUGUUUUCCCUGUGGUUUUCUCAAUUGGGUAUUUUCUUGACUCUUGUUGGAUACACUAAGAUUAAAGUUCUGAUUUUGUCUGUGCUUGUUUCUUGAUUUGUAAAACCUGAUAGUUGUUAUUUGGGGGAUCUUGAUUUUGGAUUCAGUAUACUUAUAACUAAUUUUAGUUUAAUGUUCUUGGUUCUAUAUAAUAACACUGUUCACUUCCCUUUGGGAUCAAUUCUUGAAAAAAAGUCAUUUUUUUCAUGUUUAUAUCUUAGGUUUGAUUUAAUCUGAAUUCCAAGAUUGGAACUUUAUUUCAUACUGAUGUAUUUCUGUCAAUUUAUAUUAUGCAUAUUCAGAAUUUCAGUUGGAUUUGGCUUAGUGGUGAAGAAUUCACUGUGAAAAGUUUAUAUUUUGAAGCAAAAAUUUGUAAGUCUUUGCACUUUGUCUUUGUUUCUGAAUGGAACCUUUGAGGUAUUCUCUGGAAGGGAGAGGUCUUAUUUUUCCUGAUAAUGUUGAAUUAUCGGUCGACACGCUUUCAAGAAGUAGAAAUAUUGUAAAGGAAUGGAAUUUGAACCCUUUUUGUGAUGUUGAUAAAAGCAUUUGUGGUUUUAGUCAAGAAAUAACUGAAAGCACAGAGUUCUUGGGAUCAGGUAUUGCUGAUAUUUUGAAGAAAUCAGCAGCCUGUAACCCGUGUCACGGAGGUUUAAGUGGCGAAAUGGGUGAUGGUUGUGGUAAAGUGCUAUCAUCAACUUCUAUGUUUAAUACGUUUGAACCAAUUCCCGGAGAAGUUGGACUUGGAGCCAUGUUUAAUCGUAGUGCUUCUAAAUCGAACAAUCCGAUGUCAUCAUUGAUUGAUUUGAAAUUGGAGGAGUUGACUGAUCAUGGAGAAUUAAGGACUAGUCAAUCUUCGAAAGAAAGUUCGAUUCUUUCUUCUCCAGAAUCUUCAUUGCCAGCUGGAAAAGCCCAAACAAAGAGUUUGCAUACUCAGGUUCGUGGUCAGAAGGAGUCGUCAUCGACUGUUUUUAGGGAAGUCAAGAGUAAUCAAUCUGUAAAGAGAAACUCGUCUAUGUCUUCAGUCAAUUCGUCACUGCAGGGAAAAAGACUACGGACUGCAAAUUUUCAUUCCGAGAUUCCUGUCUGCCAGGUUCAUGGUUGUAACAAGGACCUAAGCUCCUCAAAAGACUAUCACAAAAGACACAAAGUAUGUGACGAACACUCAAAAACUGCUAUAGUCAUUGUUAAUGGGAUUGAGCAAAGGUUUUGUCAGCAGUGUAGCAGGUUUCACUUGCUAGCAGAAUUUGAUGAAGGUAAACGAAGCUGUCGCAAACGCCUUGCAGGCCAUAAUGAGCGGCGGAGGAAGCCCCAGUUUGAUACUCACUGGGGUUCAAGAUUUUUGGAUAUGACUUCACAAAGGAGAGUACCAUUUCUUUUCCCAGAAAUAUUUCCUGGUAGCUUCUUUUAUCAAGAAAAUUAUGAAGAUAAUUACAAUAGCAAGCACCUUAAAUUAGAACAUAAGCCAUUCGGCAUUUCUCAAUUGGCUAUGUCAGCCAAAAACAGGCAAUUCCCUGCAAAAAGCAUUCAACAUCAGUACGGAGUGAGAAAACAAGAUCCGUCCAAAGUUCACACUGGUGGGGCGACAUUGUCAGUUCAAGAAUUUUCCGAAGGGCAAAACUCCUCUUGUGCUCUCUCUCUUCUGUCAGCCCACUCACAAAACUGUCUACACAAUUCAACAGACGUUUCACCAAAUCUACGUUGGAUGGUUCAAGGAGAUCAUCAUAAUCUUCAGAAAUCUCCUGGAGUUAAUGUUGCAAAUAGGUUGACACCAAUUGAGUUAUAUUCAUCUGAAGUAGUUGAGCAAGAUGGGCUCGUUGUUCAAGUUCCUGAUAGUGAGGCUGUUUCAUUUGGAAUUCAGAGAGACGACGGACAUGAUCAAAGAUCAAACUCUAUAAAUUCCAAGAAUUGCCUUUCUCUGGAAGGUGGGCCUACCAUGGAUCUAGUGCAGUUGUCUUCGCACCUACAAAGGGUGGAGCAGCAGAAAAAUUCCGUCCAAGUGAAGCAGGAAAAUGAUAUCUUUUGUUCCUUUACUUCCACUUGAGGGUUAUGAGAGCUACAAGGCUGAAGGGUCAACAUUUGAAGUGAAGAAUCGGAAGAUAAUAUGAGGAGAUUAAACUAAUUCACAAGUGGCCUUUCCAACAAGUCAAAAGGCAAAGGCAGAUUAAUAAAUGAUUUAAACCGGUGUAUCUUUUGUAAGUGUCAGCCAUAGCUUUUCUAUUUCUUUCCUUACAUCAAUUGUUUGUUUCAAUAUAUCCAUUUCGUCGUAACAGUGCUCUUUUUAUUUUAAUAGUCGAUGUUGUCUCCAAGGAAUCUUGCAUCAUAUACUGAUGUUUAAGAAGAGAAUAGUAUCAGAAGGAUAACAUUUCUUGUGUGUAAUUUAUAUAUAUCAUCUCUUUUAUAUUUGGUGUGAAUGUGGAAAAAAACCUUAUGUUUAUAGAAACAACAAUAAUUGCCUUAGUCGUUA